AUGGGGGAGGAGGCUUCGGCGGAGGACGGAGCCCCGGAAGGGGGACAAAAACCAGAGUCAACAGAGUCCAAGGGGGCGACGAAGAGACUCGACAGUCCGCAGAAUCAGAGCUCAACAGAACCAGCAGCAGCAGCAGCGGGGGACAGUCGUGAUGCGGAAGCCGCGCUGAACGCACUCCGGAGCCGCAAACACAAGCCGGAAGUGAGCGCUGGGCUGCUGGGUGAGAGUUCAGCAGUGAUUUUGCUGGUCGGGUUCGUGUGUCUGCUGUGGAUUGUGGUUCUGAUCUCAGUCCAGCAGCUCAUGAGCAGCAGCAGCCCCGGAUACUUCAACUCCGUCAGGGCCAGGAAACAUUUGGAGCGGAUCACCAGCGUUGGGCCGCGGACCAUUGGAAGCCCAGAGAACGAGAUCACCACGGUCAACUACCUGCUGGAUCAGAUCGAGCAGAUCCGGACUGAGAGUAAAACCGGACCUCACUCCAUCACGGUGGACGUCCAGCGGCCCACCGGCUGCUUCAGCAUCAAUGGUUUCACCAGCUGCUACGACCGGGUGACCAACAUCGCUGUCAAACUUGAGCCGCAGACGGGCGCCCAACACUUCAUGCUCGCUAACUGCCACUUUGAUUCGGUGGCCAACAGCCCGGGAGCCAGUGAUGAUGCCGUCAGCUGUUCAGUGAUGUUGGAGGUUUUACAUUCUCUAGCGAAUCUCUCCACGCCGCUAAAACACGGUGUCAUCUUCCUGUUUAACGGGGCUGAGGAGAACAUCCUGCAGGCCAGUCACGGCUUCAUUACCCAGCAUCCCUGGGCUCAACAGGUGCGAGCAUUUGUGAAUCUGGAGGCGUCAGGAGUGGGAGGGAAAGAACUGGUGUUUCAGACAGGUCCGGAGAACCCAUGGCUGGUGCAGGCGUACGUCCGAGCCGCCGUCCACCCGUUCGCCUCAGUGGUCGGUCAGGAUAUUUUCCAGAGUGGACUCAUUCCUUCAGACACAGAUUUCCGCAUCUUCAGGGACUUUGGGAAUAUUCCUGGCGACAACAUCCUGUCUGUCCUCAAGCACCUCGUGAUGUCAGAUGAACUGGCGAAUUCCACUGAAUAUCGCCAUGGUAACAUGGUGUUCUUCGACAUGCUGGGAUUGACAAUGGUGGCGUAUACCGUUCACGUCGGCACCAUCAUCAACUACAUGGUAGCCAUCGCCGCAGUGAUCUACCUGGUCAAGAAAUGCAUGUUAACCAGCUGUGUGGCUGGCCGGUACAUGCGUGAUCUGGUGUGUGCUGUGCUUUUGCUCGUCUUGAGCUGGUUCUUCUCUGUGCUGGCGGUUCUGUUUGUGGCUUGGCUUGUCACACUGAUGGGCCGCUCCAUGUUCUGGUACACUCACUUCUACGCUGGCGUCUGUCUGUACGGAUCCGCUGCCAUCAGCAUUAUCCUACUAAUCCACACGCUGGCCAAAAUCCCAUGCUGUAGGACGGGGAUAGCCAUGAAUUGCUUCUACAGAAGAUGCCGCUUUUCCACCGCUGGGGCCGAGUGCAUGGCUCGAUUCCAAACGGUUCCUGGCCGGAAUGCUUGUGCGUGCUGCCGGAAUGCAUGUAGUGAUGUCACCACUCAGGAUGGGUCAUUCAUCUGUUGCCUGAGUGUGAGACGUGUGGAUCUGGCCGACAUCUUCUUUGACGUCAGUCUGCUGUUUUGGUCUUGUGUGCUGUUCUUCUUCACUCAUCGUGGCUGGUGUUCAGCGUAUGUGCCCAUGAUAAUGGUGGUGUUCCCGCUGAUCUGCAAACUGCUGCUCACAAAGCUCUUCAGAGACAGAGGAGCAUCUCUGCAGUACUCCGUCCUGUACCUGGCAGGUCUUGCUGUGCCGUACAUCCACAUCAUGUUCCUCAUCAGGGUGAUUUUUGAGGUCUUUACACCCAUUCAGGGGCGCAACGCAAAUGGGUUCCCACCCGACAUCUUCCUGCUGUUACUUGUUAUCCUGGCAACCGUAAUUCUGUCUUCUUAUUUUAUGCAUUUUAUCUAUCUGUCCCGCAGUACGAAGCGCAUCUUGGCUGUUCUAAUGUCAGUUUUCACACUGAUUCUUGUUCUGGUCUGCUGUGGUCUGUUCUUCCCGUAUUCUGCCGACCCGUCCAACCCGCGACCCAAACGAGUCUUUGUCCAGCACAUCACUCGCAGGUUCCACACGGUGGACGGAUCGCUGCAGAGCUCCGACUCGGGCUUAUGUAUCAGCGAUCUGGAUUACACCGGCAUGCAGCACAUCACACCACACAUCCCGCAGAUCAACGACAGCAUCCGCACAUGCUGUCAUGACCAGCUGCCCUACUGCGGCUUCCCAAGGAAGAGCUGGUACCUUCCGGCUCCUGAAGUCUCUCCUAAAGCUCCGCUGAAGUUUCAGCUCUUAUCCAGACAGGAGACUGAAUGGGGAACCAUUAAAAUGACCUUUGAGGUCAAAGGUCCGAGUCACAUGUCUCUGUACCUGCGUCCUCAUGCCGGCACGUCUCUAAGCAGCUGGUCGUUUGGUGACGGGAUGCUGCAGUUCAACCGCAGCAGAGAGUAUGUUAUAUUUUACUCUCAUGGCCUCGACGCUCCGGCCUGGACCUUCUGGUUUGACAUCCAGCCACCCAAGUCCUCAAACGUGUCUCCUGACAAGGGCUUGAUCUCUCUGGCCAUCACCGCUCAUUAUUUCUCUGGUUCAGACGGGCGCUCGGAGCCGCUCGAGUCCUUUCUGAAGAGAUUCCCGGCCUGGGCGUUCCCGUCCUCAUGGAUCAGCACAUACCACAUGUACAGAUACUAGGGUUUGAGAUACUGAUUUUCAUUUUUUGUGGGGAUAUUCCACAUGUGUAAUGGUUUUUCUCCUGUACAAACUUUAUUUUCUAUCCCCUUACCCUAACCCAGCACCUAAACGUACCCCUUACAGAAACUUUCUGGUAUGUCAGAUUUUCAAAACACUUCAUUCUGUGUGAUUUAUAAGGUUGUUUACUCAUGGGGUCCAAAAAAUGAAGAACAAGUUAAAAUCGAAGUUAAACUUCUUUUAACUUUGAGAAGAACAAGGUUCUCCUCAAAGUUAAAAUUGACUGGUAUUAUUAUACUUGUGUAAACAUUUGGUCCUCGUAUUGUAGUGAAUACCAGGUACACACGCGCUCAAUACAAUACAAGCUCCUUCAUUAACAUAAACCAGCUCACAGUGUUGUGUUGUUUUAUAUUUAGAUUAUUUUUCUGCGUCAUAUUUCAACACAAAAUCAAAAGAAAAAAGUACAACUACAAGUAAAUGAAAAUGAAGUCUACUUUAGGAUAGUUAAGGUUUUUACUUUGUAACAUUUAUUAUUAUGAUAAUUAAACACC